AAAAUGUGAUGUGUCAAAUAAAAAUAUUUACGUGAACCCAUUUCUUGCCAUUCGUCAGAGAAGGGGUGCCCGUGGUGAAAAUUCAAGAAAAAACUUCGAUUUUCUUACUAAUUUGGCUGCUGUUUUUUCUCAAUUCCUGUGCUAAUUCGUGACACAUCAGUGAGAGAUCUUCAUCCCCGUUGGGGAUGUUUCCUGUUCUGUGAAAGUUGCUUCAAGCCUACUAGCUGUGGUGAUUCAUUGUCAAAGCAAACAUUAACAACGUACGCAUCUAAACGAGAAAAAACCCAAUAGUGCAAGUAACAAGAUUCUAUCUGGAUUUUCGUCUGAAGCUGCUUUUGUCCAAAAACAAGCGGAACAGCAGUUCAGUGUGAUUUCCGCGAGCAAUGACAAUGGGAGAUGAUGCUCCAGUGGUUACUUCCUUGGUAUUGCCAAUUUUAAUACGUCCAAUUUUGUCACAGUUGGAACGCCGAGAUGUGGUUGCUUCCCAAACGUUGAGAGCUGCUCUGACUAAGGCCGAGCAAACGCAUCCGGGGAUGACGUUCGACCUAGUCAUGGGUAUCAUCAAGAAGGGCGAUAUUAAUGUCAAUAUGAACGAAAGUAUUCUCAGACUGCAGGGUGCGGCAACAGAUAGCGAUCUAAUCGAAUACCGCCUGAACCGCACCGAGGACGCAUUUCAAGAACUGAACAAAAAGUCCUCCUCGCUCAAACGCAUUUUGAGCCGAAUUCCAGAUGAAAUCACUGAUCGAAAGACGUUUCUGGAGACCAUCAAGGAAAUCGCCAGUGCCAUCAAAAAGCUGUUGGAUGCUGUGAACGAGGUGGUCGGCUUCAUUCCUGGUUCUUCCGGCAAACAAGCGGUGGAGCAGCGUAAGAAGGAGUUUGUUAAGUUUUCGAAGAAAUUUAGCACCACGCUUAAGGAGUACUUCAAAGAGGGGGAAGCCAACGCUGUUUUCGUGAGUGCUUUGUACCUGAUACAUCAAACCAAUCAAAUUAUGAUUACAGUGAAGAACAAGUGCGAAUGAAGUUUCCCGAAUGCAGGUGGAUGGGACGGUUCUAUAAAAGUUGCAUAUAAUAAUUGUUUUACUCGACAUUUCCUUAAGGCUUCCUAUUCCUCUGAACUGAGCAGGCAGUAAGUGUAUCGAGGAUAUGGCCUUCAAAGACACUGGAAAAAGUUUCAUUCGUAGAGCAAACGAAAUGAAAGACGUAUUAGAAAAAAAAACGAACAGAAUGAUGUCGUAUUAUAUAUUAAAAUAUUACUUUAUUAUCAUUAUUACUAUUAUUAUGAGAUAGGAUGAAU